AUGAACAGAAUUGUUGCUGCAAUAAUUGUUCUACUGGCAACAAAAUCAACAACAGAAACAACCACAGACAUAACAACCGAAACUUCCAUGACAACUACAACAGAACCUCAAACAACAACGGAACUUACAACAAUCACAACCGAACCUACAACGACUACAACACAGCUUUCAACAACAACAGAACCUUCAACGACUGCCACAACAGAACCGACAACAAUAGAACCUUCAACAACAACCUCAACAGAUUCAAUAACUUCAACAGAAAUUACAACGACUACAACAGAAUCCACGACAACUAAAACAGAACCUACAGCAGAACCUUCAUCAUCAACAACAGAACCUUCAGCAACCACAAGUGAAUUUACAACAACAUUAACAGAACGUACAACGACAACAGAACCUACAAUGACAACAACAACAGAACCUUUAAUGACAACAGAGCCUUCAACGACAACAGAACCUUCAACCACAACAACAACAGAACCUUCAACCACAACAUUAGAAUCUACAACAACUACAACAGAACCUUUAACGACAACAGAACCUUCAACGACAACAGAACCUUCAACCAUAACAACAGCAGAACCUUCAACAACAACAACAACAGGAUCUACAACAACUACAACAGAACUUUCAAUGACAACAGAACCUUCCACGACAACAGAACCUUCAAUGACAACAGAACCUUCAACGACAACAGAACUUUCAAUGACAACAGAACUUUCAACGACAACAACAGAACCUUCAACCACAACAACAACAGUACCUACAACAACUACAACAGAACCUUCAAUGACAACAGAACCUUCAACGACAACAAAACCUUCAACAACAACAGAACUUUCAACGACAACAGAACCUUCAACCACAACAACAGCAGAACCUAUGACAACUACAACAGAACCUUUAACGACAACAGAACCUUCAAUUACAACAGAACCUUCAAUGCCAACAGAACCUUCAACGACAACAGAACUUUCAACGACAACAGAACCUUCAACCACAACAACAGAACCUUCCAUGACAACAGAACCUUCAAUUACAACAGAACCUUCAAUGACAACAGAACCUUCAACCACAACAACAGCAGAACCUAUAACAACUACAACAGAACCUUUAAUGACAACAGAACCUUCAACGACAACAGAACUUUCAACGACAACAGAACAUUCAACCACAACAACAGAACCUUCAAUCACAACAACAACAGUACCUACAGCAACAACAGAACCUUUAACAACAACAGAACCUUCAACGACAACAGAACCUUCAAUCACAACAACAGAACCUUCAACAACAACAACAGCAGAACCUAUAACAACUAUAACUGAACCUUUAACGACAACAGAACCUUCAACGACAACAGAACUUUCAACGACAACAGAACCUUCAACCACUACAACAGAACCUUCAACCACAAUAACAACAGAACCUACAACAACUACAACAGAACCUUCAAUGACAACAGAACCUUCAAUGACAACAGAACCUUCAACGACAACAGAACUUUCAACGACAACAGAACCUUUAACCACAACAACAGAACCUUCAACCACAACAACAACAGAAUCUAUAACAACUACAACAGAACCUUCAACGACAACAAAACUUUCAACGACAACAGAACCAACAACAACUACAGCAGAACCUACAACAACUACAGCAGAACCUACAACAACUACAGCAGAACCUACAACUACAACAGAACCCUCAACGACAACAACAGAACCUUCAACGACAACAGAACCAUCAACAACAACAACAACAACAGAACCUUCAACGACAGCAGAACUUUCAACGACAACAGAACCAUCAACCACAACAACAGAACCUUCAACCACAACAACAGAACCUACAACAACUACAACAGAACCUAUAACAACUACAACAGAACCUUCAACUACAACAAAACCCUCAACGACAACAACAGAACCUUCAACGACAACAGAACCAUCAACAACAACAACAGAACCUUCAACGACAACAACAGAACCUACAACAACUACAACAGAACCUUCAACGACAACAACAGAACAUUCAACUACAACAGAACCUUCAACGACAACAACAGAACCUUCAACGACAACAGAACCAUCAACAACAACAACAACAACAACAGAACCUUCAACGACAACAACAGAACCUACAACAACUACAACAGAACCCUCAACGACAACAAAACCUCCAACGACAAGAGAACCUUCAACAACAACAACAGCAGAACCUUCAACCUCAACAACAGUAUCUACAACAACUACAACAGAAUCUACAACAACUACAACAGAACCUUCAACGACGAGAGAACCUUCAACCACAACAACGGCAGAACCUUCAACAACAACAACAGAAUCUUCAACCACAACAACAACAGAACCUUCAACAACAACAACAGAACCUUCAACCACAACAACAGAACCUUCAACCACAACAACAGAACCUACAAGUCCGCAUCAAACUACAACUACACCUGAACCAACAACUACAACAGAACCACCACCAACAACAACUAGUGCGCCGGCUGUUAACGCUAUUCCAUUCGGUUCUGUUGCACAAGAUUCAUCCCUGACUGGGGAUGAUGAUGUAUCAUCUGCCCUAAGAGCUCCUACUCAACUACAGAUUGGCGACGGUUCAAGUGAUGGAUUUCAAGAUGUUUACGUAAGUGUGAAUGGCAUUUUGGGACUAGACCAGCCUUAUGGCAGCUUUUUAGUCCAAGAUUUAAAUGAUCCAGACACCAUUAACCGCAGGAUCCUCUGUCCAUAUUGGGUGGACUUAAUAACAACGGGAACGGAUUCUGCUGUGUACUACAGAGUAUAUAAAAGGGAAAAUCAAAACGAUGAAGAAAUAUUAAACCGAGUGGACAGAAUAAUCCAAACAUAUUUCAGUGAUUUUCAAAACUUCAAAUCCUCCGUCGUUUUCAAAGUUACAUGGCAUAACCUCGCAUUUUACAUGGACGACACAAAGAGAGUAACUUUUCAAUCGCUUAUUGUUUCUGAUGGUCGAGACACCUUUAAUGUAAUAAACCAUAUAGAUGUAAAUGUUCCUCCGUCACAUGGUACCCGAAUCUCAAUGGGCUACAGAUACGGACGAUUUGUAGAAAGCAAUACCUAUUCUAAUCAGCAAGCUUCAUUUCGAAUGACUGCCAUUCCUGGUAAUACAGGGAUUCGAGGAUUCUGGGUUACUAAAAUGACAUCAGGUAUCGUGGCAAAUCCACUGGAGAUUGAAUGUUAUAACUGGUAUGUGGUGCAAUCCCGAAGGGGAAUCCCGUUUCCUUGGUGGUUGACGUGUCCUUGUAGUGGUUCUGCUAUGAGGUUCUUUGGUUCUCGAUUUGCCUUUUUUCGAUUUGAUGCAGUUAACAACGUUGUUUGUUAUGUAUCAUUGACAUUUGGAUCAUCUUUGGAGUGUUGCUAUCAGCUGAUUUUUGGUUUACUGGGACCUUUAAGCAGACGAAUUCCUGAGGCCGGAUCAGUGCUGUCAGAAAAUCCACUCUUCCAGCCAAGGGAGUAUUAUCUAAAUAAUGCGAGAGGUAAAGAAGUUUGCUGUGCAGCAGGACAUUGUGAAUGGUUUUACAACUUACGACCAACGACCAACUUCUGUCUCAGACUUUUACCGGUUCGAACAGCGUGGUUCUUCGGAGAUCCACAUAUCAAUACACUGGAUGGUGGAGCGUACACUUUUAAUGGUUAUGGUGAAUAUACAAUGAUGAAAAUAGACCAUAACGGUACUGAGUUUGAACUCCAGGCCCGCACAGAUUUAACAACUAAUGCAAACGGAACAAAGAUAAACGCUACUACAUUUAGCGCCUUUGUUGCAAAAGACCAAACGGGAUCUAUUGUACAGGUGGAAAUGUCAAAAAGCAAAACACGCAUGUAUGUUCGUGGAAAUGGACGAGACUUAACAACAGACUUUGACAAUAACCCCGACUAUAUUUUGAGAACCUUAAAUUUGUCUUUAUCAAAUGACAAUGGAACGUUUGUUGCAUCAUUCGUUCAAAGUGCGAUAACAAUCAAAAUAAGCCUAGGUGUACGCUUCCUAACAACAGAGACGAUGGUGGACAGUGCGUACGAGGGGAAGGUGCUAGGACUGAUGGGAAAUUUUGACGGAAAUGCAACCAACGAUUUUAUUCUUCCAGACGGGACCACACUGUAUGACAGUGAUGUUGACACAGAGCGAAAGAUAUAUCAGAAUUUUGGACAACUGUGGUCAAUAAAUUCCUCAACGUCUCUUUUCCAUUAUGACACUGGACUGUCUCACAGCAAUUACUCGCACCCAGAUUUUGUGCCAUUCUUCAUAGAUGAGGUAGAACAAGAAAAAGUCAACGAAGCAAAACAAGUAUGUGGUGGCGAUAAUGCCGCAAAAGCUUGUAUUUUUGACUUCCUAGCAACCGGGGAUACGUCACUUGCAAAGUCCUCAGGGGCGGACGCCGAUUCAUCUGCAGCCGACACGGCUUCUUUAGAAAAUGAGAUUCCAAAUAUAGAAGGGGAAUCGGAAAUUCAGGCAGAGGUUAACAAGCCAGUGGAAAUCAAGUUUAAUGCUUCAGAUGAUGGCACUUAUACUUACGAAGUACUUCAAAAACCUCCAGGCUUCUCUUUCAAUAACCUAACUGGCAUAGCUACAUGGGUACCUCAAGACACUAGCAUUGCAAAUAUAAGUGUAACUGUUGUUGACGACAAAGGAGCACAAGCUGCUCCAGUAGAUGUCACUGUUAUUCUCUGUUCCGGUUGUAAUGGCCAGGGAACAUGCAAUUUUAAUGAAACUAGAAGUUCUACAAGUGAUCUGUUCAAAUAUGCUAAAUGCAUUUGUACCACGGGAUACUCAGGAGAGGAUUGUUUGACCGAUAUUGAUGGAUGCGCCCAGUCCCCCUGUGCCCAGGGUAGAAACUGUACAGACUUGACACCUGAGGAGGAGCGUGCAUUAGGGAGGGGAUACAAUUGUUCUGACUGUCCUGCAGGUUAUAUCUUAUCGGAUAACAAAUGUGAAGACAUAAAUGAAUGUAAUAGUACAGAAACAAAUUCAUGCGAUAGUGCAACACAAGUGUGCGAAAAUACCGAGGGCAGCUACCAAUGUAAUUGUAAACCAGGUUAUAGAAGAGUCGGAAAUAUUUGCCAAGAUAUCGAAGAAUGUAUAGAAAGCACAUCCGGAUGUGAGCAGCGCUGUACCAACACUCCUGGGUCUUUUGUUUGUUCUUGUAUCUCUGGUUAUACAUUGAAUAGUGACAAUAAAACAUGUACAGGGUCAGGUAAUUGUGGUGCAUUGAAUUGUGAAUAUGCUUGUGACGAGGAAAGCGAUGGAACGAAAUUCUGUAUUUGCCCGAAUGGAUACCAACUACAGAACUUAACGAAUUGUACAGACGUAAACGAAUGUGAAGUUGGCGGUAUUUGUUCCCAGGACUGUCAGAAUUCUGAUGGCUCAUACACUUGUUCAUGUUUCGCUGGCUUCACGUUAAACCAAGAUAAAACAACCUGUUCAGAAUGCGAACCCCCUAACUAUGGUGUUGGUUGUCAACAAACGUGUAUCUGUGGUAAGGGGAUGGACCGGUGUGAUCCAGUGACAGGGUGUGUGUGUAAAUCAGGCUGGACCGGAAGUAACUGUGACCAGGAUGUUGAUGAAUGUACAGAAAACCCUAACAUCUGUGGUAGUGACAAAAUCUGUCAAAACUUAGAAGGAUCUCACACUUGUAACUGUCGAACGGGAUUUCAAAAAGUCAAUAACAACUGUGUUGAUAUUGAUGAAUGCGAUAACGCUGCCUCUAAUAACUGUUCUUCUACGAUGUCUGUCUGUACGAAUAACAUUGGAGGGUACACUUGUACUUGUAAAACUGGAUUUAAUAAUAAGAACCCUUACGAAUGUGAAGAUUUUGAUGAAUGUGAGGCUGAGGUCCAUGGGUGUUCUCAAAGAUGUAUAAAUGUAGAAGGUGGCUUUAAUUGUGAAUGUGAAUUUGGAUACACAUUAGAUGACGAUAGAAAAGCCUGUAUAGAAGUGCAGGACGUCUGCUCGCUAUUUCCAUCUUUGAAUUGUACAUAUGGAUGUAAAAAGGAUGGUGAUAAUGGAUAUUGUUUCUGUCCUGCUGGAUUUCUACUAAAUAACCAAGACGAAAGAUCCUGUCUCGAUGUGGAUGAGUGCAAUGACAAUUCCUUGAACAAAUGUACCUUCAAAGAUAAAUGCAUCAACACUGACGGUUCUUAUACCUGUUCCUGCCCAAUAGGAUAUAGUUUAGAAAAUGAUGGUAGAACAUGUCAAGAAUGUAAUGGAUUUACCUAUGGAGAAAAUUGUGCUACACCUUGUAAUUGUGGGGUUGGCUCUGUAAGCUGUGACAAAGUAAAAGGUUGUGUAUGUUCUGAUGGAUGGACUGGAGAAAAAUGUGACUUUGACAAAGACGAGUGUGCGUCAGUAAGUCCAUGUACAGGUAUGAAUGUAGAAUGCAAAAAUGCUCCAGGAUCAUACGUCUGCGUUUGUGCAACUGGUUACGAAAAGAAUACAACGACCGGGACAUGUCUAGAUAUCGACGAAUGCAAUACGAGUCCUUGUAGUCAGGAGUGUUCGAACACUCCCGGAAGUUACUCCUGUAGCUGUAAGAAUGGAUUUAGAUUGGUUGAUACAUCAAGGUGUGAGGAUUUUGACGAGUGUUCUCUCCCUGUGAGUCCUUGUGAUCAAGUUUGUACCAACAUCAUAGGAAGCUACAAGUGUUCAUGCAACCCAGGAUUCAUCCUAGACACCACGACACGAACCAAAUGUUCUCAAAAAACCGUGUGUACAAAUAGUACGUUUAACUGCACACAGCAAUGUGGAGUCAACCCCGAUGGUUCUGAGUAUUGUUUCUGUGACAAGGGCUUCUCCUUAAAUGCAGAUAAUAUUCGUUGUGAUGAUAUCGACGAAUGUUCCCCUAAUCCAUGCAGUGAGACCUGUAACCAAAGGUCUCCAGGUUUGGGGUAUUUGUGUUCCUGUGCUGACGGAAAAAGACUGGAUGUGGACCAGAGGACAUGUGUUGACUGUGAGGAUGGAAAGUAUGGUCCUGAGUGUGCUUCAACUUGUACGUGCGACACCCAUAACACUUUAUCCUGUGAUAAAGUGUCUGGAAACUGUGUCUGUAAAUCAGGAUGGGAGGGACUCACAUGCAACAAUGAUAUCGAUGAAUGUCAAAAUAUAACGGUUUGUCCUACUAACUCGGAGUGCCUGAACAAUAAUGGAUCUUAUUCUUGUAUUUGCAAUCCUGGUUAUGCGUUUGCCAAUGAAAAGUGUGUUGAGUGCUCUGGUACCACGUUUGGUCAAGAUUGUGCCAAUCAAUGCACAUGUGACAUUACUAAUUCAAGGUCAUGUGACAAGCAAAACGGGACUUGUUACUGUAACGAUGGAUGGAUAGGUGUCAACUGUACAGAAGACAUCAAAGAAUGUGACGAUAUUAACCUAAAUAUGUGUGGAGCAAAUUCCUACUGUUCCGAAGUUCCUGGUUCAUACGUUUGUAAUUGUAAUCCUGGAUUCAAAAAGAACGCUAAUGGAACCUGUGAAGAUAUAAAUGAAUGUGUAAUAGGGACGGACAACUGUGCUACAAAUGCAAAUUGCACCAACUCACUUGGAAGCUUCAGUUGUGCCUGUAAUACUGGAUUUAUUGGGAAUGGUUCUUCAUGUACACCAAUAUCAACAACUCAAGUAACAACAGAAAGUACACAGAGAUCUGAAACGCCGCCCGAGAGCUCAACCUCUACAAUACAAAGCCAAGCGCCAACAACACAGAGUACAGAAAGUCCUACUCAAAGCUCAGUACUAACAACACAGAGUACAGAAAGUCCUACUCAAAGCUCAGUGCUAACAACAGAGAGUACAGAAAGUCCGACGCAAAGUCCAGCGCCAACAACACAAAGUACAGAAAGUCCUACUCAAAGCUCAGUGCCAACACUACAAAGCACAGAAAGUCCUACUCAAAGCUCAGUGCCAACACUACAAAGCACAGAAAGUCCUACUCAAAGCUCAGUGCCAACACUACAAAGUACAGAAAGUCCUGCUCAAAGCUCAGUGCCAACACUACAAAGUACAGAAAGUCCUACUCAAAGUCCAGUGCCAACAACACUGAGUACAGAACGUCCUACUCAAAGCUCACUGUCAACAACACUGAGUACAGAGAGUACUACUGAAAUCCCAGUAUCAACAACACAGAUUACAGAAAGUCCUACUCAAAUUCCAGUGGCAACAACACAAAGUACAGCAAGUACUACACAAAGUCCAGUAGCAACGACACAGAGUACAGCAAGUACUACACAAAGUCCUGUGGCAACGACACAGAGUACAGCAAGUACUACACAAAGUCCUGUGACAACGACACAGAGUACAGCAAGUACUACACAAAGUCCAGUGGCAACGACACAGAGUACAGCAAGUACUACACAAAGGCCAGCACCAACAUCACAGAGUACAGCAAGUACAACUGAAAAAAAAGUUGAGCCCUACGUUCCAGAGGAGAAUGAGGUCAAACUAGGAGUUGUUUUAACUUUUAAUGAAAAUAUAGAUUUGAGUAAUUAUGAUGAAGUUAAACAAACUAUGGAAACAGCACUUUCGAAUUUCUACAGCACGAAAAUCAAAGGAUUUUUGAAAGUUAUUAUCCGAUUAAUAAGGAAAGGGAGUACGAUUGUGGAACACGAUAUUGUAGCAAAGAAAACCGAUGAUACUGAGAAAGACAUCGCUCAGACAGUCGUUAGUCUGUCAAAGGGAGAGGAUACAGUAGAGUACAAUAAUGGAAACCUUUCUACUGACUCGGUAGCUGUGGAUGACGGAAAGGGAAAUUAUAAAAAUAUAACAUCGUCCUCCACAAGAUGUGAUGUGUAUGUUGUCAACAAUCCUUGUAAAUCUGGUGAACAAUGCAUUGAUAGUGGAAGCAAAGUAUAUUGUGCAAAGAUCUUGGAUGAUUAUGACGAAUUUAAGCUGAUUGUCGGUCUUGGAGUUGGAAUACCCCUCUUCCUCAUCGCAGUUCUCAUCUUCACCAUUGUAAUCGUUUACUUGAGAAGACGUCACUAUAAAGAAAAUUCAUCAAGCUCGUCUUAUGAUAAUGAUGAUUAUUUUGAAAACAGAUUCGGGGGUCCAGGAUCCUAUUUUCCUUCUGGCAUUCCCACAAAGAUUGAUAGUUGGGGAAGACAGAUAUCGCCUUACACACCUAAACACAGUUAUCCCACUGCAUUUGGAGGAAAAGAUGAAUUUGAUGAACUAACUAGAGAAGGGACUUCGCCCAUUUACAAUGAUCGUGUUCAGUCUAAUUUCUCAUGGGAUUUUAUGUACCAGGCUUUAAAACCAAACGUGAAAUUUGAAAUCAAAAGGCCAGAAAUUAGAACCAAACCAUUAAGUACUGAGUGACAUUGUGAACAAAAGAAUAUUCAAUUAUGUGGGUGCAUGUUCAACGAUGCGAGGAGCUAUAGACUGUCAAAUGUAUAUCAUGUGCAAUAAUCAAAAUGUAAACUUGAAAUAAUCAAAUUGUAUACGUGUAACAGUAAAAAUGUGUAUAA